AUGCGCUCCCAGGCCAACAACUCUCUACUUGGAGGAGGAGGAGUGGACGGAGCCAUCCAUAGAGCCUCAGGUCCCUUGCUGAAGAAGGAGUGUGCCUCCCUGAACGGCUGUGAGACUGGACAGGCCAAGAUUACCUGCGCAUACGGCCUCCCUGCCAAGUGUCUGGACAGCUGUAGUUUCGACCAGGGGGGGGGGGGGGGGGGGGGGUGGGGGGGGGGGUGGGGGGGGGGGGGGGGGGGGGGGGGGGGGGGGGGGGGGGGGGGGGGGGGGGGGGGGGGGGGGGGGGGGGGGGGGGGGGGGGGGGGGGGGGGGGGGGGGGGGGGGGGGGUGGGGGGGGGGGGGGGGGGGGGGGGGGGGGGGGGGGGGGGGGGGGGGGGGGGGGGGGGGGGGGGGGGGGGGGGGGGGGGGGGGGGGGGUGGGGGGGGGGGGCGGGGGGGGGGGGGGGGGGGGGGGGGGGGGGGGGGGGGGGUGGGGGGGGGGGGGGGGGGGGGGUGUCAUGUCUGA